AUGGUGCCCACCACCUCGCUCAGCAGCACGCUGCCCGUGGCGCUCACCUGCGGGCACCGGCACCCCCCUCCAAUGUCACCAUGCUCACCACCAGCCCCAUCACCAUCACAGGUCCUAUCACAAACCCCAUCACCACCAGCCCCGUCACCAUCCUCAUCACCAUCACUGUCCCCAUCACCAUCACCAUCCUCAUCCUCGUCACCAUCACCAGCCCCUCCAAUGUCACCGUGCUCACCACCAGCCCCAUCACCAUCACAGGUCCUAUCACAAACCCCAUCACCACCACCAGCCCCGUCACCAUCACUGGCCCCAUCACCAUCCUCAUCCUCAUCACCAUCACCAGCCCCAUCACCAUCACCGGCCCCGUCACCAUCCUCAUCCUCAUCACCAUCACCAUCUCCAUCACCAUCACUGUCCCCAUCACCAUCACCAUUCUCAUCCUUGUCACCAUCACCAGCCCCUCCAAUGUCACCAUGCUCAUCACUAGCCCCAUCACCAUCACAGGUCCUGUCACAAACCCCAUCACCAUCACUGUCCCUGUCACCAUCACCAGCCCCAUCACCAUCCUCAUCCUCAUCCUCAUCACCAGCACCAGCACCAUCAUCGUCCCCAUCACCAUCACCAUUC